AUGGCCACCCGUGACGACGUGAAGAACAAUGGUGUCACUACCUACGAGGACUCCCUUGAGGAGAAGGACUUUGGACGCGUGCCUACAGGCGCAUCUGGCGCGUCUGAGGCCGUCCUCUCCGACAAGGAGAUGAGGAAAUUGUACCUCAAGAUUGACUUUGUCCUUCUUCCCAUCCUUUGUGUGCUCUAUGCCUGCGCGCUGCUCGACCGUGUCAACAUUUCGGCUGCGCGUGUCGACGGUAUGGGCAAGGACUUGGGUCUGCUCAACCCCAAGCAGAACUACUACUCCAUUGUUCUCCUCGUCUUUUUCCCAGCAUACUUCCUCUUCGAGGUGCCCUCCAACGUUUUCCUCCGUCGCAUUGGUACCCGAUACCUUUUGUCGGCUGUCUGCAUGGCUUUCGGUGUUGUUUCUAUCGGUGCUGGUUUCGUCAAGAACUGGCAGACACUCGCCGUCCUCCGUGUGCUGCUCGGUGCCGCUGAGGGUUCUUUCUUCCCCGGAGCCGUGUACCUCAUCACAUGUUGGUACCCACGUUACGCACUCCAGCUCAGGCUCACCAUCUUUUACAUGACUGGUGCCUUGCUCUCCGGUUUCUCUGGUCUCAUUGCUUCCGCCAUUUCUGACCUCAACGGCAAACACGGUCUUGCUGGGUGGCGAUACAUCUUCAUCUGCGAGGGUGUUGCUACCUGCUUCUUUGCCAUUGUUGGAUUCUUCAUCAUUUCCGACUUCCCACAGGAUGCUGCUUGGCUCAACGACCGUCAACGACGCGCCGUCAUCCAAUUGCUCGAGCGCGAUCGUCACGAUGCCAAGAACGACCACAAGGUCAUUACCCUCAAGCAGGCUCUUGGUUUCCUUGCCGAAGGUAAGCUUUGGUUCUACGGUGUCAUCUUUGGUUGUGCCACCACCUCGACCUACGCUCUUGCCUACUUCCUUCCUGUCAUUAUUGCCGGUAUGGGAUACAAGGCUGAAAAGGCACUUGUCCUCUCAUCACCUCCUUACAUUGCUGCCAUCCCUUACGCACUCAUCGUCUCUUACUUCUCGGACAAGGCAAAGACUCGUGGCCCAUUCAUCAUGUUCAACAGUCUUAUGGUCAUCAUUGGUCUGGCACUUGUCGGCUAUGUCGUCAACACCAAGGUCCGAUACUUUGGUAUCUUCUUGGCCGUCGCUGCUGCCAACGUCAACAUUCCUAUGACGAUUGGUUUCUCCUCCAACAACAUCGUCGGCAACGGUCGUCGUGCCGUUGGUACUGCCGUACAGACUGGAUGGGGUGCUAUUGGUGGUAUCAUCGCUUCCACCAUCUUUGUGCAGAAGGAGGCACCCAAGUACCGUUCUGGUAUGGCCACCACCAUUGCUCUGACUGGUCUUCUCGGAACCCUUGUUGGUCUUCAGUCAUUCUACUACAGGAGGCAGAACAAGCGUGUCGAUGCUGGAGAGGUCACUCUCUACGACACACCUGGCUUCAGGUACACUCUUUAA